AUGAAUAAAACGUUUACCGAUUCCAUAUCUAAUGCGGACACCACUCCACUUGACAACGGAUACGCUGUGGAUGAUAAUUCAACACGGGAGAUUAUUGAUGAAUUCACCUGGCCUCAAGUUCUGGUAACCCUUUCGAGUGGCUUGUUCCUCCUAUUAUGUGAUGUGAUUGCUCACAUUACCGUGCUAAUUAUUACCGUGGUCAUAAGCCGCAGGUGUCUGAAUUUAAAACUACAACGAACUGGCGAGCAUGCGUUCUACUGUACGUUGGCUUUUGUGUCGUUUACCAGCGAAUCGCUAAUUAUAAGCCAUUGUUGGUGGAUGUUGGAUUUGAUUGGCAAACGUAAUUGCGAUCUGGUUCACAUUGCCCUGGGCCUAAUGGCGCUUUGUAUCGGAUUGCUAGGCAUCAGUGUGGAGAUAUAUCGCAGGCGUUUCAAAUCGCUGAAGCACUUGCAAACUAAGGUCAAUCCACCUGUCGUCCAUCUAACCACACAUGGGGCAUUGGGUUUCGGUGGCUGUAUCCUCAGUGCCGUUUGCUUGGCCACUGGAGUGGCGCUACUCUUUUUCAGCAAUCUGCCAUUGCAUCUAACGCAUCGAUUCUGCGGUCUCUUGGGAUUUGUCGUAUUAAUGUUUUGCCAAUGGCAUGCCUAUAACACGGAAUACAUUCGUCGACAUUGGCGUUUUCAAACCAUUCGGCUCCUCAAAUGGACCACACUGGUGGCAACAAUAACAUCGUCCAUUUUUGAGUUUAAGGCGAUCACCCGGGACAUUGUGUUUUUAUUGCCCAAAGAAAUAUUUGAAACCAUUGCCGUCCAUGACGCGCCAACUCAUGCCAAUCAGGAUUAA